UCAAACACACUUUAACUUGACGUUCUUUCAAUGAAAAUCUCUAGUUUUCUCUUCUUCCUCUUUCUCUCCCUCUCUCUUUUCCUCUCUGCCACCCCCCAUGGAGGCAAUGGUGCUGAUAGCAUGGCAGGUGACAGCAAUAAGCCUCAUAACCUACGUUCCAAAUCAUUGGUUCUGGUCAAGUUGUGGUGCUUGAUUCUUGUGUUUGUAGGGACCUUCAUUGGUGGGGUGUCACCUUAUUUCCUUAAGUGGAACCAGGGUUUCUUGGUGAUGGGAACGCAGUUUGCUGGUGGGGUUUUCCUGGGGACUGCUAUGAUGCAUUUCUUGAGUGAUGCGAAUGAAACUUUUGAGGAUUUGACGAGUAUAAAAUACCCUUUUGCUUUCAUGUUGGCUUGUGCUGGAUAUUUAUUGACCAUGGUGGCUGAUUGUGUGGUUUCCUACGUGUAUGGGAAGGGGAAGAGUUCAUGUAAUAAUGGUGAUUUGGAGCUUCAAGGUAAGAACAUGUCUUCAUUUACAGUUUCACUUUCUCAAUUCAUAAUUAUACUGUCUAAACUGCAGGGGCCGAUCAGAGAAAAAUCCUCAUCGCUCACAUCUGUGAGUUCUUUUGGGGAUAGUGUUCUGUUGAUCGUUGCCUUGUGCUUCCAUUCACUCUUUGAGGGCAUUGCAAUUGGGGUUGCAGAAACAGAAGCUGAUGCUUGGAAAGCAUUAUGGACAAUAUCCUUGCACAAGAUCUUUGCAGCAAUCGCAAUGGGGAUAGCACUCCUCCGAAUGAUCCCAGAUCGUCCCUUGUUAUCAUGCAUAUCCUACGCUUUUGCAUUCGCCAUUUCAAGUCCUGUUGGUGUGGCCGUUGGGAUCAUAAUUGAUGCCACAACUCAGGGUGUUGUGGCUGACUGGAUCUUUGCCAUAUCAAUGGGGGUAGCGAGCGGAGUGUUCAUCUAUGUAUCUAUAAACCAUCUGUUAUCCAAAGGUUACACAACCCAGAAGACAGUUUCAGUCGACACACCCCAUCACAAGUUUUUGGCUGUCUUGUUAGGUGUUGGAGUGAUUGAUGUUGUAAUGAUCUGGGACAGUUAAGUAAUAACUUCAACUUGGGUACCUUGGCAGUUUCAGAACCAAAUAGAUCGAGUCAGGUUGUCUCUUGUCCAUGUCAUAGUUGCUGGAGCACCAUGCUUUCAUUGUUAAGUGUCAUCACUUACAUUUUCCUGGUCCAUAGAAGAUAGAACUCAUUUUUCUCCAUAGAAAGAGUUUUAUCAUACAUAUUUUGGAUAAGCAUAGAUUUGGAAUCUAGUUUAGGAUGAUGGAUCAAAGCUUGGGAAUGUAAGGAUAAGUUGAGGAAUCUGCCAAAACUAGAUUCGAUGCUGACAAUGGAAUCUGACCAAUAUAGAUCGACUUACCAUCA